AUGUGCGGAGAUGCAACAAACUGGAAUGAGGAUGCAUACAGAGAGAGCAUUCUAAAAGAUCUAGAAAUCCAAACCCUAACUGUCUUUAGAACCGCUUGGCCACCAUCUUCAAACCCUAAUCCUGACACUAUCAUCCUUGCAUCAAGUGACGGCUCCCUCUCCUCUUACUCCAUCUCCAAACUUCCAUUGGGUUUUAGCAAUUUGAGGGCACCACAGGUUGAACCUAAUGCGUUCCUUAAAGGACAUGAUGGACCUGCCUAUGAUGUCAAAUUCUAUGGCAAUGCCGAAGAAGAUGCUUUGUUACUGAGUUGUGGUGAUGAUGGUCGAAUUCGAGGAUGGAGGUGGGAGGAAUUUAUGCAAUCUCAGGUGCCUGUUGCUUUGCAAGGAAAUCACAUAAAGCCGAUACUUGACCUGGUGAAUCCUCAGCACAAGGGUCCUUGGGGUUCUCUGUCCCCAGUUCCAGAAAACAAUGCCAUCGCGGUGGAUACCCAGGGAGGUUCCAUUUUCUCUGCUGCUGGUGAUUCUUGUGCAUAUUGUUGGGAUGUGGAAACUUGUAAGAUCAAAAUGUGUUUUAAGGGACACUUGGACUACUUGCAUUGCAUAGUUGCUCGUAACUCUGCUAAUCAGAUCAUAACUGGUUCAGAGGAUUGUUCUGCACGACUUUGGGAUUGCAGAAGUGGAAAAUGUAUCCGUGUAAUUGAUUCAGUGAAGGAUGAGAAGUUCAAAGGAUUUUCCUCAUCUGUCAGCUGCAUUGCUCUUGAUGCAAGUGAGAGCUGGUUGGCUUGUGGCAAUGGUCGAAGUUUAUCGGUCUGGAAUCUUACUGCUUCUGAAUGCGUUUCAAGGAUGUGUAGUCGUGCAUCCAUACAGGAUGUAAUGUUUAAUGACAAUCAAAUCCUAGCUGUUGGAGCAGAACCUGUAAUGACUCGUUUUGACAUAAAUGGAGCAGUUCUUUCACAAAUACCAUCUGCUCCUCAAUCAGCAUUCUCUGUUUCUGUACACCCAUCUGGGUUGACUGCCGUUGGAGGUUAUGGAGGUCUUGUAGAUAUCAUCUCUCAGUUUGGAAGCCACUACUGCACAUUCCGCUGCAGAUGCAUCUGA